UCGGCUGACUUCGGAGUCUACUAAAGUUGCAGUUUCUCAAUUUUUGAUUCUUAUUCAUCGUUAUUCAUUUAUUUUUUUCGUUAUUAUUUUUUAAAUUAACAGUAUUUUUCAAAAGUUGUCCAAAAAAUGGAUUCUGAUUUGCCAAAAUAUUGCUUUUUUCGUUUGCAAAGUUUCCUUGGAAAGCUAACUGAUGCAAAAAAUAUUAUUAAGACUGAACAUGCUGAUGAAGAUCCAAAAGUCUCAUCAGUUGAAUUUAUUAGUGCAAGAUUGCAGCUUCCUGUAAGGAAAGCUGGAAUUUUAGCAAAGCAGGAAGUUUUAGUUAAAACUCCUGAUUGACUGUGCAAAAAGUAUAAAAUUGAUCAAGAAGACACGUUCACAAGAGUAGUUGAUCAUAUUCCAGCCACAGCAGAUCGCGAGGCGAUGUCUGUUUGGGAAACGCUUGUCCGAGCAAUGAUUGGCAGUGAGACCGCCAAAAUGCUAAAGAGUAUGGGAAUCCCAGAGAUGGCGAAGGAAGAAUUUGAAAAGGAAAAGCAUGGUGUUCAAGAAUUCUUGACAGGUGGACCCAAUCCGAGUACUCAAGCAGCAAUAUCAAAAGAACAAUUUUGGAAGAAACAAAUGAGAAGGGAGGAAUUAAAGAUCAUAAGAGAGAUGAAAAGAAAAACGAUGAAAAGAAGAAUCAUGACGAGAAAAACGGCUGAAAGAGAAAAGAGGAAAAGCGAAGCGAUGGAAAAUCCUCCUAAAAAGCAAAUCUGGGUAAAGAUCCGAAGAUAAUUGAUUCAAAGUGAAAAUUUGCCAUUUCCGAUGAUAUAGCUAAAGAAUGGUUGGCUUUUUUCAAAUGCAACAUGAAAAAUUUCAUUUUACACUUUUACAUUAGUCUUUUCAUUUGUGAAUGAAGGUCAAAAUGUUUUUAAAACUAUCAAACGAGUAGGCUUGAAAUCAUAAAUAAAAUAAUUUUAAAAACAUUUUGCUAAUCUUUUCUGAUCAUGAUUUAAGAUACUUUUGCUUUUUUUGCAAAUGAAAUAGUUAAAUUUUGCGCGCCAACGACUGGAGCGUCAUCUAACCUGAGGUCAGUUAAUUACGCUGGUCAACUAAAGUUGAAGCUGCUCAAGUUCGGAGUCUUAUUUACACGUUAUUGCUUUAGUAUUUAUAUUAUUAUUUUUUAAAUUAACAGUUUUUUUCAAAAUUGUCCACAAAAUGGAUUCUGAUUCUGAAAGAAAGAUCAAUAUUAAAACUGAACCUACUGAUGAAGAAGUUCCAGAAGCCUCACCUGAGUUUAUUGGUGCAAGAAAAGCUCAUCCCAUCGCGGAACGUGUAGUAAAAACUCCUGAUUGGUUUUGUAAAAAGCAUGGAAUUACUCAAAGGGACACACUCACAAGAAUUAUUGGUUAUGUUCCAGCCACAGCUGAUCAUGAGCCCCUGUAUCGUCUCAGUACGAUUGGUAGAGCCAUAGUUGAUGAUGAGGCUGUCAAAAUGUUGCUGGAUUCGGGAGUUCCAAAAAUUACAUCGAAAGAUUUUGAAAAGGAUCCUCUUUUGAAAGGAUUCUUUCUGGGUGGGCCCAAGCCGAGUACACGAUUAGUACUUGGCCCAUCGGGAAGAUUGAUGAUAGAAACGGAAGGGGUGCAAAGAGAGAAAGAAAGAAAAUGGAUAGAACUGAGAACCAUGAAAAGAAAAACAACUGAAAGAGAAAAUAGGAAACGAGAAAUUAUGGAAAGCAAAAGAGGGGGAAGAGAAAUGGCCGAAAGAGAAAGAAUGGAAAGAAAAAAAGUUGAAAGAGAAAAGAUGGAAUGUCUUAGUUUUGCAUUCCAAUGUACCUAUUGUGGUCAUCAAUCGAACCGAUUAACCAGCUUGAAGGAUCAUGUUCUUGGAACAAGAACCAAGAUUGAUAGAAGCCGAUGUCUCCAAAUUGAUUGUAUUAACCGAUUGAUUCAAGAUGGAUUACUCAAGAAAUACGAGGAAGAUGCAAUUCCAGUCACCUGUCCGCCUCCUAAAAAGCAACCCUGGGCAAAGAUUACCUGUAAAGACCCAAAGUUGAUUGAUUCUGAGGGAAAAUUUGACAUUCCCGAAGAUAUAGCUAAAGAAUGGCUAAAAUUUUUCAAAGAAAUGCCAACAUGACGAAUUUCAUUUUACACUUUUACACUAAUCUUUUCAUUUGUUAAUAAAGAGCAAAAUGUUUUCACUUUCA